AGAGUCGUCUUAAAGAAGCCGUGCAGUUGCUGGAGGAUUAUAAACAUGGGACUUUACCCCCUGGAGUCACUAACAAAGAGGGCUUUUAAAGAGAGAUUUCUCCUUCUACGUAGAUUCAACCUUCUGAAAUGGAACAGUCAUGGACCAUUCCAUCCAGAACUGACUCUGCCCCUGCUUGCCAUGACCCUCCUUAUGAGGCAGAUGCUGGAGUAAACACUCUUCAUCCCCAGUUAUCCUCUGGGGAAAGGUUCACAGCCUUGCAGCACAGCCUUCGUUGCGUUCAGAAGAAAUUAUUUUAGAAAGCUCAGCUGUUGCUCCAUAGCAUGAAACCAGGGUAAUCCUAAUCUAGAAAUCCUCUAGAAAAUGCAAGAAACCCAGCCAGAAUUUUGCACAAAAUCAGCCCUCUUACAGGCAGAGCAAAUAGCCAGAGCUGAUCCAGGCACAAAAUAAGAAAUGUUCCAUUUUUAUUUUAAAGUAGAACUAUCUAUGUAAAAAAUAUUAUAGCUGCAAAGUUAAGUGCUCAAAAGCCGAUGAAAUGUCACAGUUCCAGUCCAUGUCCAGCCUUAACUCUGCCUCUGGGCAUAUUCAUUAUGAUACAGUCUUUGGUUCCGUUAUUUGUUCUAUUGCUCUUGUCUGCAGUAGCUAAGCGUGUGCUCCUGUCAACCCCAUAGGCUGCUCUUUCCUAACCAUGUUUUGCCACUACUCUGUCUUCGCUCUCUUGACACCUCUUUUGUGUUGUCAUCCCUUCCUCCCACCGGUUCCCUUCCCCACUCCCAUCUCCACCUUAUCCUUGCUUCUCCCUUUUUGUUCUCCCUUUCCCUUUGCCCAUUCCUCACCCCCUCUCAUCACCACAAAUUCCACCUCCACUUCCUCCUCUGUGCAAUAUUUGACCCAACCUCCAUCCCCACCAGUCUCAUUUCCUGCACCCUGUCCCAUCACCACCUCUAGCCCUUCCCUUUCAAGCCUUCUCUCUGUCCUCCUCUUCUCUUGUUCCCCCUGGAAUACCCAGUGGUUGCACACACUGCAUCUCAAAGAUCACCUUCAUCCAUGUUUUUUUGAUCUCCUUCUCCCUCUAUCUCCUGGCACUUACAGGGACUUUGGAUCCCCCCUCUGACACCGCCGCUGCAGCUGCACUCUCACAGUGACCACUUCUCUUCUCACAUGCUCCACCUCAAAGUAGUCUGCAAAGGAGUGAGUGAGCAUUCUUCAAAGAAGAAGAUUUUCCUUGCACAAUUGUUUGUGGAAAGGUGAAAACUGGGCCCCUCAUCCUCUUGAAGUUAAUGCACCAUUUGUAUUUGAAUGAAUGUUUGCAAAUACCUCACUGCAGUGUUUACUCACCUCAGAGUGGCAUGCCCUCCGAUGCCCACUGACUUCAGUGGGAGUCUUGGGAGCUCAUUCAAGCUUUGGGGAGCUCAAAAAAUAAAGCAGGCCAUCAUACAUCCUGAUACUAAUGAGAAGAUCUUCAUGCCUUUCAGAAUGUCAGGCUACAUUCCUUUUGGAACACCCAUCGUUGUUGGUCUUCUCCUGCCAAACCAGACACUGGCGUCCACUGUUUUUUGGCAGUGGUUGAAUCAGAGCCACAACGCAUGUGUCAACUAUGCAAACCGAAAUGCAACUAAGCCUUCUCCAACAUCCAAGUUCAUCCAGGGCUACUUGGGAGCUGUCAUAAGUGCUGUCUCAAUUGCAGUGGGCCUUAAUGUUCUGGUUCAGAGCGCAAACAAGUUUACACCAGCCACCCGUCUCCUGAUCCAGAGGUUUGUGCCAUUCCCUGCUGUAGCUAGUGCCAAUAUCUGCAAUGUUGUCCUGAUGAGGCACACAGAGCUGAAAGAAGGGAUUGACGUCCUGGACAGUAACGGAAACAUUGUCGGAUCUUCCAGAAUUGCUGCCAAACAUGCACUGAUAGAGACAGCCCUGACUAGAGUGGUCCUGCCAAUGCCUAUACUGGUUCUACCUCCAAUGAUUAUGUCUAUAAUGGAAAAAACGUCUCUCCUGCGAUCCCGUCCCCGGAUGGUUCUCCCAGUGCAAGGCCUUGUGUGCCUCGCGGCCUUUGGCCUGGCUCUUCCCUUGGCCAUCAGUCUCUUUCCACAGAUGUCGGAGAUUGAGACAUCUCGACUGGAGCCAGAAAUUGCAAUGGCCACUACCAGUAAGACAGUUGUCUACAAUAAAGGAUUAUCACAUGAAUGUACAUGAGUGAGGCAGCCAGUGUCUGCUGAGCAAUAGCCAAGCAUAAGGAGUUUAGAAGGAGACAGACGGGAAUAAAUGUGCUGUACCAAGGCACAGAAGUAUAAGAAAUAGCAAGAAUGGACUUUGACGGGUGCAGAAAAUGAUGGGGGAAGCGUAUAUUUGGAAGCACAUUCCACCAAUGCACAGAUGGAACCUGGAAAUAUUGGGCUGAUGCUCCUCUUACCCAGUGGUUUUACCCCAAAAUGACUCCAUCCUCGCCAAAGGAGCUGCCUCUUGUGCUCAUCUCCAUGGCAGGAGAUUUGAGCCCAGGGGCAUUAGAAUGGUGUAUCCUGGGUGUGAGGGAGUCAGGCCUGCAAAGUCCCGUUCUGCCAGCCACACGCUGCAUUAUCCCCAGGACACACAGGGCCAGAUCCUCAGCUGGCGUAGACUGGUGUCACUCCCUUGAGAUCAGUGGCACUAUAUUGAUUUAUAUCAUAUGAUCAUCAGAAGAACUGAUUCAUCACUGUCUUGUGCCUUGUGUCGUUCACACCUGCACUUGUAUUGGGGGUCUGAUCCAAAGCCCAUUCAGGUCAGUGCCAUACUUUUCACUGGCUUCAGCAGGCUUUGGACCAGGCCCAAAGCGAGUGCCAGAGCCCUAUCUUUUUGAUGCGGUAACAUUGUACAUCCACUUUGCACUGGUAUCUAAAAUGACACAAGGGGCAAUCAAGCACAGAAUCAGGCCCAUUGAUUCCAAGUAGUGUGUACAUGGGUUAUGUGCCUCAUCCCAGCAAUGAAACCGAAAACCCAGGCCUACCACUGCGGCUAGGUAAGAAAUGGAGCACACAGAGAGAUGAAGCAUAAAAAUCCCAACCUGCCACUGAGAAAUGCACACCGCUUGCCUUUGGACAAAAACACAGAUCACAGAAUUAGCAAAAGAAAACUGAGACUUUUCAUUGCUGCACUGGUUGGCCAAAUUGAAAUAAACCUGAGCCCCAUGACUGAUGGAGACACACAUACACGUAUAUAUGUGGUGAAGAAAAACUACUAUUAAAAAUGUGCCAAAUGUGUAGCAGCUAAACUGGGUUUAAAGUGAAGGCGAAUAAUCUCAUGUUCCUAAUGAAUGCAGAAGCCAAUUGGAACUCGUUGUAUGCAGCACAGCCUGUGUCCUGUAUUGUUCUGAACUGAAAUCCAAGUGGCGAACAAAAUCAGCUGCUCGUAUUAAUGAUAAGCAGUGUCCUGGCUCUGUUUUCUAUCAGGAUCACUCAAUUUUC